GCUGCAGGCGUCAGAAAGCUGAAUCGGAAGUUUCUUUUUCUGUUGUUUGAUGUCAAGCAGCACAAGUUGUGUUGGUUGUUUGGCUUCAGCUUUCAGAAAUGGCUUCUGGACUUUGUGUGAGGGUGCUCUUGCUCUCACUCUUAGCCUUUGGGCCACAUGCUGAGGCUCUGAGCUACCGAAGUGGAGGCUCCAGUGGAGUUGCACCGUACUUUAAGUCACCCAGUGCUUUGCUCGUAGACCAAAAUCCAGGUUUAGCCUCUUCCAGUUACGAGAGCUCUGCACAGGCUGAUGGAUCUCAAGGUGGCUCUGGACCCAGUUACCCUGAAGGUGGCUCAUCUGAUGAACUGGAGCCUGCUGGUGCUGGUGGUGAUACUGGUUAUUAUGGAAGGCAAGUAGAUGGUAACAGUCAGGAAAGAAGUGUUUCUAGUUACAGGCCUGACCCAAUAAUUCCUUCAAAACCCAAAGAGAACCUGAUGCAGCCCAGUCACCAAGCUAUCCUUCAGACCAAAAAGGGCAUGUGGAAUUUAUCUCCCAAUAAUGGAACCGCAUUUCAGUUAGGCGAAGUUUCAAGUCCUGGAAUAAUGACAGACUAUGCGCCGUCGAGCUACCAGCCGAAGCCCCAGCAGCCGUCGAGCUACCAGCCGAAGCCCCAGCAGCCGUCGAGCUACCAGCCGAAGCCCCAGCAGCAGUCGAGCUACCAGUCCAGGCCCCAGCAGCCGUCGAGCUCAUCUGAUGAACUGGAGCCUGCUGGUGCUGGCAGUUAUACUGGUUAUUAUGGAAGGCAAAUAGAUGGUAACAGUCAGGAAAGAAGUGUUUCGAGUUACAGGCCUGACCCAAUAAUUCCUUCAAAACCCAAAGAGAACCUGAUGCAGCCCAGUCACCAAGCUAUCCUUCAGACCAAAAAGGGCAUGUGGAAUUUGGUUUCCAAUAAUAGAAACAAGCCCCAGCAGCCGUCGAGCUACCAGCCCAAGCCCCAGCAGCCGUCGAGCUACCAGCCCAGGCCCCAGCAGCCGUCAGCCGCCGAGCGCCUGCCCCAGCCCCAGCAGCAGUCGAGCUACCAGCCGAAGCCCCAGAAGAAGCUUGAACUCCAAGCACAGAUGACAUGUGGGACUUUGCGCUUUCCAUGA